CCAACACGCACAACAAGCAAAUCCGAGCGAAAGCAUCAUCGCAGAUGUAUCAGAAAGAGAUGAUUUUAAAUGUUGUAUCUGGUUUCAAAGCAUCAUUCAUGGAUCCGCUGGUUGUGACACCAAUCUUUCCUGUGACUAGGCUACAAGAUGUGAGCUGUAUCCCUAAACCUCUCCUCUUCUCCCAAACGAGUUUCAGCUAAUCAACCGGAGCCGCUGCACGAGCUUUUUGGCGUCUUCCUUGGCUCUGAUAUGCAAGAGAGACUUCUUCAUGGCACUUCUAGCCAUGAUGAUGCCCGAAAUCACUGACUUGUACGCCAGCCUGUAGCAGAAGCUGUAUCUCAAGGUUACUUUCGCUUUACUCCCACCAAAGUCUCCAACUAUCGUGUAACGAAGGUUACGAUUGGAGGUCCAAAUCAACCUCCCCUUCUCGAAAGGAUUCCCAGGAUACAGUGGUGUAGCUUUACGGAUCAUUCCAACUCGGGCAUCGAGACCCCAGACGUCAGUCUAUUACUAGCUACAUCAAGAUUUUCCAAAUCUAUACGAUGGGCUCUUGUUGCUCGAGAGAUUGCAAGUAGACACGAGCUCCCAGCUACCAGUCUGCUAUCUUUCUCGCCUUGGCAUCAUUUAUCGGAGUAUGUCGCUCCAAUGAUCCCCUCAAUGUGUCGCCUUAUGCCAGUCUCUUUCCGUAUACGCAUCUACCACUUUUUAAGCUCUCUGGGAUCUCGUGUUUACGGAUCAUCUUGUAGCCUGAGGGUUCAACAGCUCCCUUUUGGCGUGUAUCUGAAGACGAAGAGCGUUGAAGACCAUCAAGCACUGAAAAUUGAGUUCGGGGCACUACAGCUUGUACGAAGCCAAACCCAAAUUCCAGUCCCUCGUCCGUUAGAUCUAUUGUCUGAUACUGAAACGUCUUAUCUGCUGACCACCACCCUACCGGGGCAGCGCUUCGGCUCGUACAUUGACAUACUGAGCGAUCAUGAUCUCGAUCUCUUCACGCGUGAUAUGCAGAGAUACCUGACACAACUGCGCUCAAUCUCAAGACCCAGAACGCCAAAGUAUGAAAUAAGAAAUGCUAUUGGUGGGCCAUAUUAUGACUACCGGAUCAUUGCGGCCCACGACUAUGACAAGGAAUGUGGUGAUUUCUUUGGACCUUGUACCGAUGAAGAAGACUUCAACAAUAUACUGCGAACACCCGCGCUACCAUAUGUCUUUCACUCCACGGGCCAUAACAUUGUGUUCACGCAUUCCGACAUCAACAUGCGGAACGUUUUGAUGCACAACGGUCGGAUUUCGGGUAUCGCGGACCGGGAGAACUCUGGAUGGUUUUCGGAUCACUGGGAGUAUACCAAAGCGCAUUAUGUUACCAAGCUACACAAGAGGUGGUUGGCAGUGGUUAAUCGGAUCUUUGAGAGUUUCGGCGAUUUUACACUUGACCUGGAAAUUGAGCGCCGCUUAUGGGAGUAUUGCUUCUAG